AUGAAUGAUACCACUCCCUCUCCGACCCCCGGCCCAGCGACGAAGCCAUCUCCUAGCUCGAAAUCCCCGCCAACGUCAACGGCCGGAACCAAGCGCAAGCGGUCGCCGGCUGGUAAAUAUUACGCCGUCAAGGUGGGCUAUCAACCAGGAGUGUAUAAUUUGUGGAACGAAUGCUUGACCCAGGUGACGGGAUACAAAGGCGCAGUGUUCCAGGCAUUUUCUACGUAUGAAGACGCGAGUGCAUUUCUGACGGGCACCCCCCCCCCCAACGCGCGGGGUGCCACGCCCCUGGAUGCAGAACCUACUCGAUUCUACGGCGUUCAGCGCGGACGAGUUCCCGGCGUAUACACGAAUUGGGCAAAGGCCCAAGAUCAAAUCAAAGGAUUUACUCGACCUCGGUAUAAGAAAUUUCCCACCCGGGCAGAGGCGGAGGCGUUCGUGAAGCAGGGUCAAGGGAGCAGCGGCGCUUCGUUUGCUGCGUCCGCGCCCAAUCUGCAGCGUCUGCCGGGGGCCCCUGGAAUGACGGACGAGGCCCCGCGAGACGAGCAGGGCGAAUUGUUUGAGGCGGGCGAUAGUUUUCUUCCCCCGGGCGCCGAGGACGGUUUCGACCCCAACGUCCUUUUCGAUCCCAAAACCGGCAAAGUAGUCUACAAAUCGAAGGAGCAAAAAAGUGCCACGAAGACAAUGCCGACAGGUCCUCCCGGCAUGCUGCGAAUCUACACGGAUGGCAGCUCUCUCAAGAAUGGCCGCGCCCUUGCAUCAGCGGGCGUUGGCGUAUAUUUCGGGCCUGGAGAUAAAAGUAGAAAUGUUUCCGAGCCCCUCAAAGGUAGCCGUCAAACGAAUCAGCGGGCUGAAUUAACGGCAAUCCUGCGAGCCUUGGACAUUGCACCGCGGCAUCGAGACGUGACCAUAUUUACAGAUAGCCGGUACGCGAUCGACUGCGUCACUUCCUGGUUCAUCAAAUGGCGGAAGAACAAUUGGAUGACUGCCGGCAAUAAACCGGUUGAGAAUAAAGACUUGGUCCAAUCCAUACUCGUAAAGAUAGAAGAGCGCGAGGAACUCAAGGUCAAGACCUUGUUCGAAUGGAUCAAGGGCCAUAAUUCAGAUCCUGGCAACGAGGCGGCCGACCGCCUCGCCGUCAGCGGCGCCAAGCGUGGCGUGUCAGAAAAGGCGGCCGCGAUGGAGGCUAUGAAGGAUAUUCCGGACGAGGAAUUCGAUGAUGAUCUAAUAGGAUCGCCCACCUGGCGAAGUCAAGGACGGUGCAGUAUGCCCGCUCUUUCGUUGAUCAAUUUCAACAUCGUUUGUGCCACCCUGGGCGGCUUUAUCUCGGUGUUCGGGCUCGUGUCCUACUUAUUUAAGGAGCGAUUCUACCUGUCCGAAGCAUUGAUAUCCCUUCUGGCGGGGGUCAUCUUUUCCCCGCAUGCCGCCAAUUUCAUACGGCCUCAUGAGUAUGCACAAGGCUCCGAACAGAACCUAGAGGAGAUCACUCUGUAUUUCACGCGACUCGUGCUGGGAGUGCAGCUAGUUCUUGCCGGAGUCCAGCUCCCUAAACGUUAUCUUCAAAUCGAAUGGCGGAGUCUGUCGCUUCUCCUGGGGCCGGGGAUGGCCGCUAUGUGGAUAUGCAGUAGCUUGGUUGUUUGGGCGAUGAUCCCGAACUUCGAGUUUGUCCAUGCCCUUGUAGUCGGGGCCUGCGUUACCCCCACGGAUCCGGUUCUUUCGAACUCCAUCGUGAAGGGGAAGUUUGCCGACAGGAAUGUUCCCCGUGCCUUACAGCGGAUCAUUGUCGCCGAGUCUGGUGCUAACGAUGGCCUUGGGUAUCCUUUUCUGUUCUUUGGCCUCUAUCUUCUCAAGUACGUGGGUAUGAGUGGCGAGGGGUACAGCGGAGGUGCCGGGAAAGCCAUGGGUCUGUGGUUUUACGAGACUUGGGCCUACACCGUCCUCUUAAGCGUUGUCUACGGCACCACCGUGGGUUGGAUUUCCCGCGAACUGCUUCAUUGGGCGGAGGAAAAGCGGUACGUUGACCGGGAGAGCUUCCUUGUCUUCGCCAUCGCCCUUUCGCUUUUCAUCUUGGGAACUUGCGGCAUGAUCGGGACCGACGACCUGCUUGCAUGUUUUGUGGCUGGCAACGUUUUCACUCAAGAUGAUUGGUUCCGUUUGGAGACGAUGGAUGAUUCGUUGCAACCGACGAUCGAUAUGCUGCUGAACCUGGCAGUUUUCAUGUGGUUUGGCGCCGUCUGUCCGUGGUCCUCGUUUCUCAAUAACGAGAUUAUUACCAUCUAUCGCCUAGUAUUCCUAGGAGUCUUGAUCUUACUUGUCCGCCGGAUACCCGUCAUUCUGGCAAUGCACAAAUACAUCAACCAGAUCGAGAAUCUAUUUCAGGCCUUCUUUGUCGGUUUCUUUGGGCCGAUUGGAGUGGGGGCCGUCUUCUACCUAUCGAUCAGCCGCGAGUUUCUGCGUCAGAUUACCACCUCUGACGGGCAGGUGCGUGAGGAUGCCCAGCGAGUCUCGGAGGCGGUCGAUGUAGUGGUGUGGUUUCUGGUCAUCUGCAGUAUCGUUGUCCAUGGUCUGUCCAUCCCCUUGGUGAAAGCAGGGUAUCAUAUUCCCCGGACCAUUUCCCAUGCACUAAGUAAUGCUACGACGAUCGAAGUUGAGCCUGUCUCAAUCGCGAAUGUGCAGCAUACCCAUAGUACUGCGACCCGCGACCCCGAGGCUGCCAACACUCGAGGCCGCAAGCGCCCUUCGUCGCAGGCACCGUUGUCAACCGUGCUUCGAGUUGGUCGAUCAAUCAUCAGGCCUCGUUCGACGGAUCAGCCUCGACUAGGUACUGGCUAUGCCGAAGAGCCCGAACGACCGGUGAAGCUCGUGGUCACUGGGACGACCCCUCCGGAUGCAGCGAGCAGGUAG